AUGGUGGUUCUGGUAGUGGUGAAGUUGAGAGCGGAGAUGGUGAUGGACUGCUCCACUGGGCUGGAGCGGUUUCAGGUGAAGUUUUUCUAUCUCUGUCAGCUGGCCUACUGGCUCCACGUGCUACCUGAGCUCUACUUCCAGAAAGUAAGGAAGGAGGAGACUCCGCGGCAGCUCCUGUACAUCUCUUUCUACCUGCUGCACAUCGGAGCCGCAUACCUGCUCAAUCUGACUCGACUAGGCCUAGUGCUGCUGUUCUUGCAAUACCUAUCUGAGCUUGGCUUUCACAUUGCCAGACUCUUCUACUUCACAGAUGAGAGCCAUAACAAGCUGUUCAAAGUGUGGGCAGUCGGGUUUGUCUUAACGCGUUUGUUCACACUCACUCUGUCAGUGCUGGUGGUGGGGUUCGGUCUGGCUCGCAUGGAGAAUCAAUGGCUGGACCUGGAGACUGGCAACUUUAACACCCUGCUGUUCAGGAUGACAGUUCUCCUGGUGGUCUGCCUGACGCAGGCCUGGCUCCUCUGGAGGUUCAUUCACUUCCAACUACGUCGCUGGAGAGAGUACCGGCAAGAACAGGCAGUCCGCAAAAGAGUGACUGUCAAGCAGCAGCCCAAACCUGUCAAGAGAGACGCUGGACACCAUGAAAACGGAGUGAUCAAAGCUGAAAAUGGAGCCUCCCCUCGACCCAAGAAAGUAAAGGCUCCAUAGGAAGCUGUGUUCAAGAGACUCUUGAUUUGCUGGAUAUGGAACUAAUGGAAUAGGAUCCUGGUGUUUAGCCUUGGCAGUGCUGAUUGGAUAAUAAAGACAAUGCUGGUGCUGAAUUCCUCAGAUGCAGUGCAGUAUUGGGAUCAGCCUCUCUUCCGCCUCAUUGCCCCUUACUCAAUGAUUUGCUAUCUAUUUUUCCUGUUGGUCUUGCACUGCUAUCAGCGUCACUGCCAUUGGUUUUACAGGCACUGGUCUUGAACGUCCUCUUUUUAAUAUACUGGUACCAGUGCCUUCCCUAACCAGUUUAACUUAUAUCGGUGCCUUAACUUGGCAGUUUAAUUGCCUGUCUCCGUAGAGCAGAGCUGUGGGAUUGAGCAGUUCAGUGGUUAGAAUACAGGGUUCCAGUGUAGAAGGUAGUUUUGAGUGGCUUCUGAUUCUGUGGUUACAGUAUUGGCUUGCAGUUUUGAAGUAAGUGAAUUGAGAAGUAGUGUAGGCUAAUGAACAGAGCUGAGGUAUUGAGGAUGGCUGGCUGUGAUUUGGAACUAGAAUCACCAGAGCCGCCCCCUCUAACUGCUAGGACACCAUGCUUUCCAAUCUCUCAUUUUGCAAUUGCUAAUCAACUCUGCUUCUGUCGCUUAGCCCUCAACUUUGUCAUACUGGCCUCCACUCCUUCAGCUCUAAUCACAAAUCCAUUGUCCUCCAUUACCUCUGUUUAUCAAGUGAGUAACAGCCUGUAGAGGCAGGUGCUGGUUCUGAUCAGAUACUCCAUGGGGAUUAUUAGUUGUCAUUGACAAAUAGUUGCCUCACGUUUUUUACAUUAAUUCCUAUCACAUAGUGUUAGACAUGCUUGUGCUUGUCAGAUAUACACAUGAUUAAGAUGUAUGGAAGUCUUGUACCGAGUGCUUGCACACAAAGUAAAUGCUACAGUCAUUACAUAAUUAAUAUUUUCCCAGUUAUAUUUUAAAUAUACAGUAGUUCAUUUUACAACUGAAGCACAGUAAAUUAGAGAGAAGCAAAGACUUUGUCUUUGGCUACAGCUGUGUACAGUGAAUUGCUGAACCGUUUCCUGAGGUGAAGCCAAUCUCAUUGAGAUGAUUUCUUUCUUUGAGAAGGAUGUUGGCUAAUGUUUCUAAAGUUUCAUCUUUGUGUGAAGUUGUGGAUAUCCUCAAUUAAAUAGAAGUAUCCUCAAUCACUUUUGAAUAUAUAGCAGACAGCCAAUCAUUGUGCAAGAUUCUCAUCUAAUUUGAUCAAAUUGGCUGUAAGUAUUUACUGAAGUACCAUUGAAAUUAAGAGAUAACUAAUGGGGGCAUCAAGUGUAUGAGGACAUAAUUGUCCUCCGAGUAAAUAAAAUCAGUGGAAUGUUAACUACCCAAAAAUGUAAAGAGUUUUUUUUUUUUUCUGUUCUUUGUUGUUAUUUAAUGAUAUAUAGAGGUUGCAUGAAGGAUUUUAUGCUAGUGAAUGUUGUCUUCUUUACACUCAGUGCACCUUUUAGUUAUUAUAACAGUGGGCUUAAUAGUUGUGUGCUGCUUCUGAUCUGAGUCUGACUUAAACUGAAUCAGUCAUUCACCUCAAUGACAAGUAUUCACCGCUAUUGCCAUGGACCCUUUGUGGGGUUUGUUUAUCCAAACUGUUAUUGAAGGUUAAAAGGAUCCCAAUAAAAGUGAAUAGCAGAGAGAUUCCAUGUGUUGUUUAAUCCCAAAUAUUGGCUUCUUUGGAGACCCAUUUUGAUUUAACUGAACAGUUGUGUGCUUUAAGUUUAGAUCACCUGUAGGUCUGGUUAUCAAAAGAUGUGUUGCGCGCUCUCUUUCACUAUGCCUCCCCCUCAAAUUGGCCAAACACUUUGUUCCCUGGGAUUUUCCAGGUUCAAAACUAAAUUAUGCAAGCUUUCAAAACUCAUUGUUUGUUAAGUAACUGGUUAGGCCAAGAUGUGCUCUAGUGCAAAAGCGAUAUGUAAAUCUGUCACUAUUUUUAGAUACAUUACAUCAUGGACCAAAAUGUCUAAUAAUAUUUAUGGAGAUAUAUGGAAUUAAAUCAAUCAGUCAAUCUCUCUAUCUAACUAAUCUUAGAUAAAUAGAUAGAUAUAUCUGUAAUGGCUCAUUUGUAAAAUUUGGAAAUAUGUAGAUUUACCAGUUUACCGGUCAAUGUAUAAAAAAAGGUAACACACACAUUAUAUAUAUAUAUAUAUAUAUAUAUAUAUAUAUAUAUAUAUAUAUAUAUA